AUGGCAAACCCUCCAGCAGUGAAACAGUUUGUCAGCGAAAAACUUAAUCUAAACGGCGAAUGGGUUAGUCCAGGAGGCGAUAAGAAAUUAUUUAAUGAUGGCUACAUAUCUAUUUCGUGGCGAAAAAAUAAGAAAGCCUUACUGAUCGACGGCGAUGAUCGGGAUAAAUUUAAGAGUAAACUCUGCAGGAUGAUCUGUGCGAACGAUUUCAAUAAAGGGAAUAUGUGCGAAGAAACUACGACUGUGAAUGUUGAAUGCCAGUCCGCCUCUCCUAUGCGAGCGCCGUUAAGCGAGCUAUCAACCGAG